AUGGCUGUCAUAUUGACAUGUCUACCUGGUGUUAAACUUUUUGUUGCAGAGCCCAAUUUCCCCCCGUUGCCAGGCUUCAUUCCUCUCAAGCCGUGUUUCUAUCAAGACUUCGAGGAGAUCCCUGAACAGCACCGCAGCAUGUGCAAGAAGAUGUACCACCUGUGGAUGUUGAACAGCGCUACACUUGCUGUGAAUCUCAUUGGCUGCUUUGCUUGGAUGUUCGGUGGAGGUGGAGUGACCAACUUUGGACUGGCCAUCAUCUGGCUCAUCAUGUUCACUCCCUGCUCCUACGUCUGCUGGUUCAGGCCCAUCUACAAAGCCUUCAAGAGUGACAGCUCCUUCAACUUCAUGCUGUUCUUCUUUGUAUUCAUGGCCCAAGUUGGCAUCAGCAUCAUCCAGAGCAUCGGCAUCCCGGGAUGGGGAGUAUGUGGUUGGUUGGCGACCAUCUCCUUCUUCAGCUAUAAUAUUUUGAUUGCGCUCAUCAUGCUGGUCCCCACUGUCAUGUUCACUGCCGUGGCCUCACUGUCCUUCAUUGCCCUCACCAGGAUCCAUAAUUUCUACCGCGGCAGUGGCGCCAGCAUGACCAAAGCUCAGGAGGAGUGGACCACAGGAGCCUGGAAGAACCCUCACGUCCAGGCAGCAGCGCAGCAGGCCGCCAUGGGGGCAGCAGCCGGAGCCAUGCAGGACCAGUACUCCAGCCCGCCGUACAACGACAACCAGAUGUAA